CGCAUUUAUUCACAUUCACACUUUCUGCUUCGGACUUUGCUCUCCCGCGUGUCCGCCUCCCACACACCCUGUCCUCUCCCAUCACCCCCACUCCUCCUCGUCCACGAUGAGCGCACAAGGGCCGCCUGAAGACUACCAGUUCCCACACGAUAGGCUAGUCCGCACUCUUAGGAAUCCUGCAAAGGAGCCCGUUGUGCUCGUCGCCUGUGGAUCGUUCUCGCCAGUCACUUAUCUACAUCUCCGGAUGUUCGAGAUGGCUGUCGACUACGUCCGCCAGAACACCAACUUUGAGAUUAUGGGCGGGUACCUCAGUCCUGUCAGUGACAUGUAUAAGAAACCGGGGCUGCUCAGCGCAGAGCAUCGAGUUACUAUGUGCAAUAUAGCCGCGACUUUGGAAUCUUCAUGGAUAAUGGUCGACCCGUGGGAGGCAUUCCAAGCCUAUCAGCGUACAGCGGUCGUGCUCGAUCAUUUCGACUACGAAAUAAACGAGGUCCUCGGAGGUGUGGAGACUGAGGAUGGGGAACGGCGGCGCGUCCACGUUAUGCUCCUCGCUGGUUCAGACCUUAUCAGUACUAUGUCGGAGCCGGGUGUCUGGUCGGAGGAAGAUCUCGAUCACAUCCUUGGGCGCUACGGUUGUUUCAUCAUCGAGCGCGCUGGAUCGGACAUUGCACAAGCAACCGAUGCUCUCGCCAAAUGGCGACACAACAUCUAUUUUGUCUCUCAAAUGAUCCAAAAUGACGUUUCGUCGACUAAAGUGCGGCUCUUCCUUCGCCGCGGCCUUUCCGUACGCUAUCUCCUCCCUACGCCCGUCAUCGAAUAUAUCGAACAGAAUGGGCUUUAUCUCGACGAUGGCCCUAACCACACCAACGCCCAUUAUCGACAACAAAUCUACCGUGAUUGUGAAAAGCCAUCGUCAUCAUCAUCAUCAUCAUCAACAACUUCGCAGUCUACUGCUAUGUCAUAGCACCUAUUCGUGCUGCCUCGCUUUUGGAUCGUUCUGCGUGUUUGCAAGCAUCAUUUAAUAAAUCAAUCAUGGUGAGAUACAAUGAAGAGAGUUCGGGCAAAUAGUAUAAAUAUAUGAUAUAGAUAGACUCAUCUUGUGCAGCUUCGGCAGUGUACAGACUAAU